AUGAUGACAACCACGUCUCCCGAGGCGUCAAGGUCGUCGAGUUUUAAUUUCGCUGAUAAGUUCAGUUUACAAUCUGAAAGAGUGGUUUCAAUUAUGGAAUUGGAGUCGUCAAAUGAAACUCUUCAAAGAAUUAAUAAGGCAUUGAAUAGGUCAAGAAAAAUUGCAGUACUGACCGGUGCUGGUAUUUCUUGUAAUGCAGGUAUUCCUGAUUUUAGAUCAUCAACGGGUCUUUAUGAUCUGGUUAAGUCACAAUAUCCAGAAUUAACAAUUAGAACAGGUCAGGAAAUGUUUGAUAUUUCAUUGUUUAGAGAUGAAAUGAAGAUUCAAGUGUUUGCAACAUUCAUGGAAAAAUUGUAUACUAGCACUAGACUGGCUAAACCAACAAAAACCCACAGAUUCAUCGCUCAUUUAAGAAAUAGGAAUAAACUAUUACGUUGUUAUACUCAAAAUAUCGAUGGUUUGGAAGAACUUUUAGGUUUGGAGAUGUCUAAGAAAGAAAUGGAAAGUAAAACUAACGGUUUUGUUAACAGAUGGAAGAAUUUUGAUGUUGUUCAGUUGCAUGGUGAUUUGAAUUCCUUAGCAUGCACAAGAUGUUUUCACACCUUUGAAUGGAAUAGGUUCUUAGCAAGAUCAUUUAGAAGAGGUGAAUUGCCAAGUUGUCCGGAAUGUUUAGCAAACAAUGCAAAGAGAACUCAAGAAGGUAAGAGAAACCUGGGCUUGGCUGGGUUUCUCAGACCAAAUAUUGUUUUGUACGGUGAAAAUCACCAAUCCUCAGAAUUCAUUUCACAAGGUAUAAACUAUGAUAUCUCUAAAGGUAGACCUGAUUUUUUAAUUAUCAUGGGUACCAGUUUAAAAGUCGAUGGUGUUAAGAGAGUCGUUAAGACAAUGAGUAAACAAAUUCAUGAAAAAGGUGGUAUUGUCAUACUAGUAAAUAAAACUAUAUUAGCUGAUUCUCAAUGGGCUGGGAUUAUAGAUUAUCAAAUCGUAAGUGACUGUGAUUCAUGGGUAUCAUAUUUGGAAAAAGAUAUUCCAGAAUUGUUUAAGACUCAAGAGCAAUUUGACAAGUUGCGACAACUGAAAAGAGAAGCUAGUCAGUUACGUAAACAAAAGAAAUUACAGAACGAAUCAAAGAAAGAGGAUGCAACACUAAUGUUAAAGACUCCGCCAACUACACCACAGGCAAAAGAAUUGCAGUCGAUAAUAAUAGCUAAAGAUGAAACAGAUAACGUUAAAAGAAAACUGCUCGAGGAAGAAAUUGACGUUAAAGUUAAUUUGAACAAAAAAAUAAAGGUAUAA